AGACGCGUUCCGACACGCUUUCAGGGCUCUCGCCGCCGUGUUCCCCGGGCAUCCCAGAGUAGCGUCAGCACCCACCAGUCGAGUAGUAUUCACCUCAACCUUCACCGAUUGGAGAUGGCUGCCAAUUUCUUCAGCAACAAAGCCCGGGCUGCAGCUGCAGCUUCGGGUACCUCCAAGCAAAAGCCAACGGAUGGAAAGGAUGAACAAGGUCGACAACAACCAUGGGUUGAGAAAUAUCGCCCCAAGACUCUUGAUGAUGUCGCCGCACAAGAUCACACCACCAAGGUUCUCCGACGCACAUUGCAAGCUUCUAAUCUCCCCCAUAUGCUUUUCUAUGGCCCUCCCGGUACCGGAAAGACUUCCACAAUUCUUGCUCUCGCAAAGUCGCUCUUUGGUCCUACUCUCUACCGCUCCCGCAUCCUCGAAUUGAACGCUUCCGAUGAACGUGGUAUUGGUAUCGUGCGCGACAAAAUCAAGAACUUUGCUCGUGCCCAACUCAGUCACUCAACAGGCAUGGGUGCGGAAUACCUUGCCAAAUACCCGUGUCCUCCAUUUAAGAUCAUCAUUCUUGAUGAAGCAGACAGUAUGACCCAGGACGCGCAGUCCGCUCUUCGUCGCACCAUGGAGCAGUACAGUCGGAUCACCCGUUUCUGCUUAGUCUGUAACUAUGUGACUCGUAUCAUCGAGCCGCUGGCGAGUCGAUGCAGCAAGUUCAGAUUCAAGGCUUUGGACAAUACGGCGGCGGGAGAUCGGCUGGUCCAGAUCGCCAAGCUGGAAAACUUGAGAUUAGAAGAGGGUGUGGUUGACAAGCUGAUCAGUUGUAGUGAAGGUGAUUUGCGACGUGCGAUCACCUAUUUGCAAAGUGCGGCCAAGCUGGUCGGGGCCGGUAGGGUCGAGAAGAAGGACGACGAUGAAGAUACGGAGAUGGCAGAUGGAAGCUCGGAAUUGAUCACUGUCAGGACCAUCGAGGAGAUCGCUGGUGUCGUCCCUGAAAGUGUUUUGGAUGAUCUGACCCGGGCUCUGCAGCCGAUGAAGGUCGGGUCAUCUUAUGAUGCUGUUUCCAAGGUGGUUACGGAUAUCAUUGCAGAUGGAUGGAGUGCCAGUCAGCUCCUUCUACAGCUGUAUCGGCGCAUGAUCUACAACGAUGCUAUUCCCGAUCUUCAGAAGAAUAAGAUCGUGACGGUCUUCUCGGAAAUGGAUCGUCGUCUGGUUGACGGGGCUGACGAGCACCUGACUAUCCUUGACGUCGCACUCAAAAUUUCUGGCAUCUUAGGCGGCGCGUAGUCGUCGAAGACGGCCAUACCACUACCUUUUAUUUUUCUCUAAGCUCUGAGCGACGUCAUUCGAUUGGCAGGCCUCGC